CAAUGCUACUUACUUUCGUACUCGCAGAAAAACGAGCAGAAGCUACUUGCUUUUUGCUCUAUCGUCAUACCAUAGGUUUAGGUAUUGCGUUCGCUUUACCGUCCGUGCGUAGCAGCCGCGGAAAAACAAGAUGGACCCCGCGAUGAGCGCAACAGCCGUCGAGCCCGUGAACGGCGCCACGGCAGAUGUCCGUCUCGACCUCCAAGCCUCGGGUCAACCUACCGACCGCGACUUUUUCUUCGCAUUUCAGCGAAGAUUGCAAGAGACGCCCCUGAACUUCCACCAGUUGACGCUACAUUUGUGGUUAUGUAGGGCAUCCUCGUUUCCCGACGAAGAUGCACCAGACGAGCAAGAGCUCCUCGCGACACGAGGUGUCGACCACGACGACGAGAAAGAGCCUAAAGGACAAGACGCCAGCCCGCCAACUAACCCUGCUCCCAGAAGUAACUGCUCCCAAAGUGCUGCAACAAGCCCCGACGACGAGAUCAAUGCCCUCGCUGCUUACAAAAACGCCCACACUAUGCAUUUUGUAAAUAAAGUAGUAUCGUAUUACUAGUAUGCCUCCCUGCUCGUUUCCUCCGGGUGGUCUGCGACAUCAUGUUCCACUUGAUAGCAAUAUGUAUAGCUAAAAACAGGUGUGAAGGAUCCUCCUCCUCCUAGUAUGAAAUGCAUCACAAAUUUUUGCAAGUACAAAAGUGGACUAUGCGGGUUUGGAACAAUGACAUUUGUCUUCAUGCAUCAGCUUACGAUUCCUACGAAUCCGAUACUUUUUCAAUGCAUACACACCGUCCUACUCCAAGAGUCCUUCGGCCGCGGUAACUAUUGGAUCGCCGCCUCCUGUCUCAUGAUUUUCACUCAGCUGAUCCUCUCCGCCAUGAUCGCCGGCGCGUGCCCCCGGCCAACGUGCGGGCUUUUUUCCGAAACGAUUUGCGCCGCGGGGCACUGGUGCUACCCGGAAGCGGGGUUUUGCGUGGACUGUAAUCUGUGGUACCGGGACCUGUGCGAGGAAUUUCUGAACACCGAUCACUGGACGAAUCACGUCGCGUCAGCAGCGAACACCACUUCCACGGAGGAGGUACUUCGGCAGUACUGGCAACCCAGGGUGAAGGUCGCGAACGCAGAAUUUAAUCAAGAGAACAACCCCUUGAUAUCCCGGUAUGAGCUGAAAAUCUACCCGGUGCUGUGCGAGAGAUGCAGCAUAAAGGGGGAUUUUCAGGCGCAGCUGGCGAAUCGAAGAGACGUCGAGGAGAAAAAAACCAUCGCCGCUUUGUCCGACGGAGACGUAGAUUUUGCCUCCAUGGUGGGCCAAGUGGAAAAAUCGAAGAAAGAAGAAACGCGGCUCUACCCGGGUCUGUACCGAUACAUUGACUGGUCUGUGUAUUCAAGAAAAAAACUGCUUUAGUGAAGGCUCUUCUUCUUGGAGUUGUGACAGCAUGACAAAUUCCUUCUGCAUGGCAGAGGAAGCCUUGUCACGCACAGCUCGUUAUACGGGGAAACAGAUAUGAAAGAUGACAGGGACUCUAAUAUGGUUAUGCUUAUGGCCGCUGUGUAGCAUAACUACACUAGCACCCGUAUACUACAGUUUUGCAUCAUGAUGCUUCGCAGGUGUAUAAACUUACUACACUUCCGCAAUUGUUUUCUUGCAUAUGUUCGGGAUGGCGUUGACGACCCUGGAACUGAGCUUGAGCGACGUUUACGUCACCCUUUUUUCCAGCUUCAUCAUCGGUCUGGCGAUCUGCCGGGAAUUGAGGGAUAUUCAACUGUGCGACUUCGCGUUGGAGCGCUGGGAGGACGAGGAGGCGAGACGAAGAAAAAAUUGUAAAAAUGAUCGAGAAAAUUUUCAUAACGAGUCUAAAGCUGUCAGUCCGCCGCCGGUUUGUUCUGCGCCUCCUGAAACUUUUCUCCUUCGUGCGCCAGUUCAUGUUGAUUCCGAUCAUUAUCGUCGUCAUCCCGAUGCUGAUUAUCUUUCGGGGCAGGGACGCACUCUCCAUCUGCUUAAACGCGAUUGCGGUUUUGUUCCUGUUAGAAAUAGACAACUACACCUACGACUACGGCGUGGCGGAAAGGCUGAAGUCCGCGUUUGA